UUUUUUGUUUUCCAAUGCGCAUGCGUUGAGCGCCCCAUCCAUGAAUCCACCGUCUACAUGUGGCUUCCCCGUCAAUCGGCACUGCUCUGCGGUCGGUUUGGUGUCUUGCGCCGGCCCCUUUUGUGUGAAGUCAGCGGUUCUCAGACAGGCGGCGAGGCUCCGCCCCGGAGGCAGAGUUUCGCGCUAAAAUCAAGAGGCGACACGCGGAGACACAGCAGCUUUGGAGGAGCCACCAAUAGUCGUAGCGCCAUGCCGUCCAACGUGGAGAUCAAAGCCAAAGUCAGCGACCCGACGCGCUUCGCUGAGAAGGCCACUGAGCUCAGCCAAUCAGAGGGCACGAUCAUCAGACAGCACGACACCUUCUUCAACUGCAGCCAAGCGCGACUGAAGCUCAGGGACUUCAUGAAUGGGACGGGUCAGCUGAUCUUCUACGAGCGUCCUGACACCGAUGGACCCAAACUGUCCCGUUACUCCAUCAGUCCGACCAGCGACCCGUCGAGUCUCCGGGCUGUGCUGUCAGACGCCAUGGGGGUUAAAGGUGAGGUGCGGAAGGAACGGCGUCUGUUCGUGGUCGGUCAGACCAGAAUCCACCUCGACGCGGUGGAGGGGCUCGGGACCUACAUGGAGCUCGAGGUGGUGAUGCGUCCGGAGCAGACUGUUGAAGACGGGCAGCAGGUGGCUGAGGAGCUGAUGGAGAAGCUGGGCGUCUCCAAGGAGAGCCUGGUGAUGGGGGCCUACAUGGACCUGCUCCUGAAGGGACACAAAGAGACAUUAAACAAGCGCCCACCCCCACCCGGGGGGGUGGAUGAACACAGAAAACAAGCCAACCCACUUAAUCUCUUCAGAGUACUUCAGGGUGCUGAUUGAAGAUUUGUUGACUUUGUUUACUGAGACGUUUGGAAAAAAGUGUAAAUAAAGGAAGUCAAACACCAUCGGUUUAAAAGACGUUUCCUCACAGCUCUGCAAACAGCAGCUUUACUAAUAUUCUGCAUCACGUUGUAAAGGAAACGUAACACGACACAAAGAAUGUGCUGUGAUGAGACAGCACGUCCACGAUGGAGGACGUUAGUCAUAUGAGGACAGGGAGGUUUGGACAUAUUUGAUGGACUGUGAAGAAAAACCAUACCGUUCAAACUAGUAUUUAUCUGGAAAUGACAAUAAAUCUGAUCAGGGCUCAAUAUUCUCUCCAACGUUUAACACCCUGUGAAG